CACGAGGUCGCCGGCGGGCGCAGCCUGCGGCUGGCGAGUCGUGGGCCGCGCUCUGCUCCGCUUCUCGGCGCCCGGCGGCUCUGCGGAAAGGUACUCACUCACCAGUAGUGCUGCACCCCAGGGAGACAGGAACAAUCUUGUUUCCUGCAUCUCAGUUCCCUGUUUGUACUGACUUCUCCACGAACCACACUUGGAAGAUUUCAAGACACCCCUUGCUUUAGGCUCUAUGCUCCUCCCAGACCUGCUCAUUUAUGCCAGGCUUUCCCCACACUCUCAACCUGAGUACGCCAAGUAUUCCUCUGUCACAGUCAUCUCAAUCCUCAAACAGAUGUGUUUUGUAGAGUCAAAAUGAAUGUAGGAGUCGCCCACAGUGAGGUUAAUCCAAACACGCGGGUGAUGAACAGCCGUGGAAUGUGGCUGACAUACGCUCUGGGAGUCGGCAUGCUGCACAUUGUCUUGCUCAGCAUUCCUUUCUUCAGUGUCCCUGUUGCCUGGACCUUAACAAACGUGAUUCACAACCUGGGAAUGUAUGUGUUUUUACAUGCAGUAAAGGGAACUCCUUUUGAAACACCUGAUCAGGGGAAAGCUAGGCUCCUGACACACUGGGAACAGCUGGAUUAUGGAGUGCAGUUUACAUCUUCAAGGAAAUUCUUCACAAUCUCUCCUAUCAUUCUAUAUUUCCUAGCAAGUUUCUACACCAAGUAUGAUCCAACACACUUUAUCCUCAACACAGCCUCCCUCCUGACUGUGCUUAUUCCCAAGCUGCCCCAGCUGCACGGUGUUCGAGUCUUUGGCAUCAAUAAGUAUUGAGCAGCAGAAGGUUUGAUGCUGACUGCCCCUGACAUGGCUCCUGCUGUUCCUGAGGUGAAGGAAAUGAGUCGCCUGCUGUGCUGUGGAUCUAAUCUUAUUCAGUGAGAAACGCUUUUACACCUGAGACACAAAUCCUACUUCCUGCAGCAUUGUUUGAGAUGAAAAUUGAGUUUAUAAGAACCAAAAUGAAUCACAAACCUCCAGAAGAAAGAUUCCCAUGAAGAACUGGGCAGAUCCAGCUCUAAAGCGUGAUCCCUACUAAGACUUCAUUAUGCCUGCCUGAUGCAAGUGACUUGCAAGGAAGAUGUGAGCAACAGCUGCAAUGGGGAGCAGCAUUUCACCUGAAAUGGAGAGCAAUGUUUCUCAAAUAGUCAGUCAACCAUAAUGCAGAUGGUAAAGUUAGGUGUAAAUCCAGGAUCCUUGAUGCCAAGAACUGGUGAGGCCACACUCUGGGAGUGAAAGUAACUUGUAUCUGCUGUAUGGGCUGUGGGUGGUUGUGCUUGUUACUGUGUAGUAAAGGUCUGUCUCGCAGUAAAUGAUGUGACAGCUGCCAUAAACUGAUGGUGUAAUUCACGCCUUAUCUGCUCUUGUGAUUAUUUUGUCACAAAGAAGAAAGUCCUUCAGGGUCAGCUCAGAGAAUUUCAACGUCUGCUUGAUGGCUCAGUCCAUGGACACUGACACGUCACUGCUGUUGGGUCGAUUUUGUUUUGCUUGCCAGGAGACUGACUUUUCUGUCUGUAAAUGGGACAGCCUAGAAAUACGACAUUUAAAGUGUGGAUUUUUGACUGUUUUCUCUGGUACUUGACUGAUAGCUUAUUUUUCAGUGAGAGGCCUACAGUGGUGGAAGAAAGUGUUGCUGCUGUGUAGAAGCAUUACUGUCAGAAGACAUAGAGAAGCUAUGUGUAGACUAUAAGGUAGGAUAGAAGCCAAGGUGAGCAGGCAAAUCACAGGGUCUAACUUUAUGCUUUUUCAGACAAAGGUGUAGAUAAUUUGCAUGUCUUGGAAAUGUGGAGGAAUACUGUGGUUUCAGGGGUACUGUGUAGUACAGAGUAACCUUGCAGAUAAUCAGCUCUGGAACUAGACUGACAGAGGUACGUCUAGAGCUCUGAGCACUUAAUGAUCUGUCGUGAAGAAAGGAUUAAUUUUGAAGCCUCUGCUGUAUAUCUGCCAGCCAAAACCAGCCUGAAUUUAACAGGAGACUCCAUUUAAGACUUCAUCUACAUUUUUGAUUCAGUGGCAGCCAGUGAGCUGGAGAGAAAAAACAGAAUAAAGAAAAGGCCCAGUGGUGUAUUUCUUGUAUUGUUAAGAUAAUUUUUUGGCUGUUUACCUUCUUGAUAGAGACAUUGUUUAAAAAUAAAGCUAUGAGUUAUGAUUUUAUGAUUUUUUUUAAA